CCUUGACACCAGUGAUAGCAACCAUUACAAAAAACAACAGGCAUCACGUUUUGAGAGUCACACAAAUAUUAAUUAUCAAUAUUGCUCUUUGUUUUCGGUUUGGAUUUGCCACAUUGUUUAACAAGAGAAGGCCUGUGAAUAUGUUGAGAAGAAGAGAAGUUGAGAAGAAGAAGCUAAAAGCCCAAGGCUUCACCAUGAAGGCCACCAUGAAGAACACCGUGGUUGAAGGUCCCCCGGCUGCAGGGGCUUUUUGGGAGCGCCCUUCCAAACCAACAACCUUUCGCUCGUUCUAUGAGCGUGGAGAGCUGCCACUGGCACUGCAGCAUAAACCAGCACGCAACCGCGUUGUAUGGAAGGUCGAGAUUGAGAAGCUGGACUACCACCACUACUUGCCUCUCUUCUUUGAUGGCUUAUGUGAGACUGUUCAUCCAUAUGAGUUCUUUGCACGCCAGGGAGUCCAUGACCUGCUGGAGCACGGAGGCCUCAAGAUCCUGCCUGUCAUCCCGCAGCUCAUCGUUCCCCUCAGGAAUGCUUUGAACACAAGGAACCGUCAGGUGAUGGCCACCACCCUGAAAGUCUUGCAGCAUCUGGUAAUGUCUGCAGACAAGGUGGGAGAGGCUCUGGUGCCAUACUACAGACAGAUCCUCCCCAUUUUCAACAUCUUCAAGAACAUGAAUAUAAACUGUGGAGAUGGCAUUGAAUACAGCCAGCGUAAAAGGGAGAACAUUGGUGACCUGAUCCAGGAGACUCUGGAGAUGUUUGAGCGUUUCGGAGGGAAGGAUGCCUUCAUAAACAUUAAAUACAUGGUGCCCACCUACCAGUCCUGCAUGAUCAGCUGAGGGAGCUGUCAGAUCAACGAAGCACAGACUUUAAGCUUUUUCAGUUGGAUUGAAUAAAUGAUGAAAUGUUGCAUUUAA